AUGAUCCUCACGCAGUGCGCCGUCUGCGCCACCGACCUUGGGCUAACCUUGGGCAAGAAAUGCGGCCGCUGCAGCACGCGCUACUGUGGGCCCGAAUGCCAGGUGCAGCAUUGGAAAGAAGGCGGCCACGACCAGCUCUGCAAGAAAAUAAAAAAGGCUGGUGGCGCGGAGCAGUACAAUGCGAAUAAGAAGUACUCGGAGGCCGUCGCGGUCGCGGCCGAGAAAUGCGCGGACGACACGAAGGGCCAGACGUGCUACAUCUGCACGGAGGCUCUUCAUCGACACACCAAGGAGGGUCUCGUGCGCGGGUGCUCGUGCCGCGGGACAGCAGGCUUUGCGCACGUGUCGUGCUUGGCGGAGGAGGCGAAGAUUUGGUUCACGGAGGCCGAGGAGAACAAUUUGGACUGGAAGGUGAAGAUAGAGAGGUGGGAUCGGUGGUACACGUGCAGUCUGUGCGAGCAAGAAUACCAUGGCGUCGUGAAGUGCGCGCUCGGAUGGGCAUGCUGGAAGACGUACGUGGGGCGGCCGGAGACUGACCGGUCUCCGAGAAGCGCGAUGAGCCUGCUUGGGAGCGGUUUAUCCGAGGCAGAACACCACGAGGACGCGUUGUCCGUGAAAGAGGCCCUGUUGGCUAUGCUGCGGCGCGUUGGCGAUUCAGAGUACAACGUGCUCGCCAUGCAGGGCAAUCUUGCGUGCACAUAUGGAGAGCUUGGGCGGCUUGAAGAGGCCCUUUGCCUGCGAGAAGAUAUAUACUCUAGACGUUUAAAGCUCAUCGGCGUAGAACAUAGACAAACCCUCGCCUCAGCCAACAACUACGCGAAUUCCCUCAGUGAACUCAAGCGCUUCGAAGAAGCCAAGUCGGUGCUGCGCAAGAUGAUGCCCGUGGCGCGGCGCAUUCUCGGAGAGAGUGAUCGAAUCACGCUCACGAUGAGAAAGAUAUUCGCGGAGGCGCUCUACCUGAUCCCCGACGCUACGCUCGACGAUCUCCGCGAGGCCGUGGCGACGCUCGAAGAGAUUGAACAGACCGCCCGGCGCGUGCUCGGCGGCGCACAUCCGCUCGUGCGGUCGCUGGAGGGCUCCAUGCGGCUGUCACGAGAAGCGCACCGCGCCCGCGAGGCGAGUAACGCCUAGGCUCCUGACACACUCCCAAGUACGGCACGAGGCGCGACAAAGACAAGUCCAAGUAAAACCAUUACAUA